AUGUCUACCCUUGAUCGGCCUCAUAAACCGCCGGAAGCCUGCAUGAUUGCCCCAAAAGAGACCCAAAACGUAGUUGUUAUCCGCAACGACAUCGAGCUGGACGACAUUAUGAAAAAGCUCGGUUCUUUCAGCCGCGCACUCCAGAGCGCGCGAGAGCGGCUUGCGGAACGCCACGCCCGUGAGGUUACCCGCCUACAGGAGCAGCUCAGUAACCUCGAGCAGGAGCUUACUGCAACGAAGUCUGACGCUUUGCUGCUGCGGCAAGUCUUGGAUGAGGCAAACAUCACGAAUGAAACCAUCCGCAAGGAAACAGAUCGCAUCACAAGCGAGUCCGCCAAAAAGAUCACAGACUUGGAAGUUAUGAGCGAAAAUCGCAGAAGAUCGCUAGAAUCCAAGCUGAAGAGCCUAGCAGAGGCGAAGGAUAGAGAAUUAACAAAGCUACGAGGAGAAUUGCGUGCGAUGCAUAAUUAUGCGUCAGGACGAUGCGAGCACAACUACGAUUGCCACUCCUCUCCGAAUCGCCGAGGCAGAGACGUUUCCGAGAUUACGCUAUACAGCAAGCCAGCAAAAAGGCCAUCAUCAGUAUGCCAUGAAUACAGUGGUGGUGACAGAAACACCAAGCGCCGAAGAUCAGACAGCUCACCGUCUAAAGGAGACUCGAGAAAGGCUGUCUAUAAGGCUGCUGCCACGACCCACACUGCUUCCGUACGCUGUCAUGGUCCCGGUACGUCUCCAACGGCUGAUAUUGGACCGGUACGGACGGCCUCGAACCGCAACAUCACUCCACUGUCCUUCACUGUAUCCUGGCUGAUGGCUGCGACGUCGCCGACGGCUUCCCAAAUGGCCGCUGCUAUGGGCUCUCUCUCGCUCUCGAUCGUCCCUUCGACUACGGGCUUGCGGGUCGACUGUAACGAAUCUUCGGCUGGCAGCCCUUCAAAUACUCGAUCCACCCGGUCCGUCGCAAGCAUGGAUUCACCUCAUCGGCCUCGCCGGGCUGGAUGGUGCUGGCGUUCUGUCGCUCAUCGUAACGCUGCGACGCCUGCUGCCACGCAUGCUCCCAUACGUCGGCGACGUCUUGUACCCGGUUUGAUGCCUGAGACUGCUCAUGGCCCACCUGCACUUCUAAAUACUGUGAAUGUGCUCUGGCACACUUACGAUACUCGAACAGUCUAA